AUGCAUCUUCUCGUACUGGGAGCAACCGGUAAGACGGGCGCUCUAGCAUAUCAGUAUGCCCUCGAGCUAGGCAACCAUGUCACGAUCCUUGUCCGUGAUGCCUCCAAAAUUAACCCUCACGCAAACCUUACAGUUGUGGAGGGCUCAGCAAUGUUAGAAGCGGACAUGGAUCGCGCCUUCGCUGCUGCUGCUGGUGUUCCGGUCGACACCGUCCUACAGUGUCUUAACCCUCAUCGAGCUGCGAACCAUCCCUGGGCCAAAUUUCUUGGUCCGCCACGUCUUAUGGCAGACUCCACUGCUCUCGCGGCACACGCAUUGCGACGACAAGGGCAUCAACUGGGGGGUCACAAACCGCGUCUAAUCGCUAUGAAUGCACUCGGGGCUGGACAGAGCCGUAAGGCGGCUCCAAUAAUCACGAAGUUCUUGAUUGAUUAUAGCAACAUUGGGUGGACCUAUGUGGAUCACGAUGCAGUUGAUGCCGAGAUUGAGCAAAAUUGUGGUCAGGAGGUUGACUGGACAAUAGUCUUCGCUGUUGCUCUGAGCGGCGGUGGCGGGGGCCUCAUCGGCGGACCCAGCGGCCUCAAGCCAGUGAGAACUUUUGCCCAUACAGACCCUGGAUCUAACUGGGCCAUUACGCGUGAAAGCUGUGCACGGUGGAUGGUGGAUGUGGCAACUGGGAGGUUGGGUGACGAGUUCAGCAAUAAGAGAGUUAUCGUGUCGAACUGA